UCGUCGAGGAGAUCGGGUGUGCGCGCAUGCUCUGUGUAUAAUCCCAAGCCGAUUUCGUGAAUAGUUCUCGUCCUCGUGAACCUUCUUCAAACAACCUAAAAGGAAAACGGAUAUAAAACUCCUACGGUCUAUGUGAAUUUGUGUGUUUUGUUUACUUGUUUACCGAUCCCAUUGGAGAGUAAAUUUCCUGUGUUUACCAUAAACAAAGGAAACAAGCAGAGGAAAUAUGAUAAUUAAAUUAACUACUGCAAACGGAAAUAAUUAACAAAAAAAUUAACAUUAAAUGUGCCGAUCGCGUUUUAGCCACGGUUUCGAUGCGGUUUCAAACAAACGGUUUAAGCAUUGACAUCAUUGAUUUAUUUCCCAAGUGUAAAUAAUUGGCACAAUACAAUACACCAAAUUGCGGCUUUCCUCCCUCUGCAAAAACAAACCAAUCAAAUGCAAUGAAAUGAAAUGUUGCCAUUGAUUUGAGCACAUUCCCAUUGUUCAAAAUUGUUGGUUGACUUUUAACUGGGAUACUUUAAGCUGAGCUGCAAACGAACAUUGCGAAGUCUUCGAUCAUGGACACCGGAAGUGUGGUUAGCGAACCGAUUUCCGCGCAUCAUCGCGCCUUCGCCAAACAGAAGUCCGCCUCCAUGACCAUUCUCAAUCCGAAGGGUUGUGGCAGUGCUGUGAAGUACAGUCUGCACUCGAGUGCAGAGACGAACCAGGAGACUGCCAGUACCACCACCACCACCACCACUUCCCACUGUUCCACCACCGGAAGACGGCGAAAGGGUGGCUCUCUGGGCGGCACGCUCUCCUCGCGAUCCACGCGCAGCGAGUCCAAGGAACUGAGAUCGGCUCUUCAGGAUCGGGAGGCUGUCAUCCAGAAUCUGCGCAUCCAGCUCUGUCUGGGCAAGCUGCCACGCCCCACGGGACCGCCUCUGGACGAGUCCGAGAAGCCGGCGGCCGAGCAAAAACUGAACCGACUGAAGGCUGAGGCGGAGAACAAGCGCAUCAAGAUCAAGAACCUGAAGAGUGCCCUGGAGAAACUGGACAUUACAGACAACAUAGAUAUCCGCAUCCGUCAGGCCGAACUGGAAUAUGCUCUUGGCAGGGAGGAACUGCAGAUGCUGUCGAUUGUGGAGGAGGCUCGUGCCUUGCAGGCCCGCCUGGAGAAGUCCAAGCCGGAGGCCCAGACCCUCUAUAACAUCAUCAGUUCUGGAGUCGCCCUGAGUCUCCAUGCCGUGCAUGCCACCUCUGGAAGAUGGGCAGCUCAACAGAGAACAGAUCAGCCGGGAUUCUAUGUGGAAUGGGCCUUGGAGGGCGAUGGUCUGUACAAGGGCGAUCGCAUCCUGGAGAUCAACGGACGUUUGGUCACCGGAAAAUCCAAGGAGGAGCUGCAGAAACAGGUGGGAAACUCCGGCAAGUGUCAGAUGGUGGUGCUGCGCAAGAAGUCCGUUCCCAUUCCGCAAAAGCAGCUCGAUCAGGAGAAGGAGAACAACAUGAGGCUGCAGCACCGCAUCUCCUAUUUGGAGGAGCAGGUGCGGGAGCUCCAAACGGUGAAGGAGAAUCAUCCCUCCCAGCAGCAGAACCAGCAGGCACACCAGACUUCAUCCAACCAAUCACAGCACGUGACCAGCAUCAGCAUCUCCUCACCACCGUCAACUCCGCCGGAGAAACCCCUGAUAUUCCAGCGGGGCAACUACAUUACCACUUUGGUGGGUGGCAAGCCCAUCGAACUGAUGGGUGACGAUCUAGCCGCUACUCAAACACCACCAGGACAUGUCACUAAGACGCUGAUCAAGGAGAAUACCCACAUCGAUCUGAGGGAUCGUCUGCCGCACAUGUACUCCAUGCCCUCCAAGUCGCUGUCCGCCUCGAAGAUCUCGAUAAAUAGCGAUUCGGCCUACAUGCAGCACCAUCGCCGUGAGAAGGAACGGCAUCGGGAUCGCCAGCACAGGGAACGCCCCAGGGAUCCCCUCCAGCAACAGCAGCAGCUUCAUCGCGAACAUCUCAUGAGCACGCAUGCGCGAAGUGUGGAGCAUCUCAAUCAUUACAAUGGACUGGAUCGUCGUCGUGAUACGCCCCGUCAAAGUGAGGCCCAUACCCUGAAGGCCCGUCUUCCGAGCGAUAUGAGGAGCGUAAAGUCCCUCGACUUCGAUAGCGAAAACGAGGCGAAACCCGCGACAGAGACGCGCACCACUCGACCCACUCCCCCCAAGAAACCCCUUCGACUGUCUUUGCAGAGAGCGCAAAGUCUGCAGACCGUGGAGCUGCAUCCCUGUGCGGAUCUCGAGAGGAAGCGACCCAUGAAGAGGGUUCACCACAACAACAACAGCAAAAGUGGAGGAUCACCCACGGACGAGGGCCAAACCAUGCUGAUCGAGAACUGCAGUCCGAUGCACACAGCCUCUUUGGGCAGACACAAACUCAUCUAGGAACCCAAUCCAACCAAAUUUAGUGUAAAUCGAAGUACUUUAAACCUCGAACGUCACCAGCUGGCGAUUGAGUUAAAAAACAGGCGGACAUGUGCAAAAUUAUAAUUAGGAAUAGCGUUAUUUAAACAAACUCCCAAGAGGAUAGUACUCUUUCGCAGCUGUAGUGUUGCAAUUACUUACUUAAUAAGUUUAAGUAGGGCUUGGCUAUUAAUAAUUCAGUGAUUUUUGUAUGUACGUAUGAUGAUUUUAUUAGCACAAUUUAAUAAUGUGAAUACACGAAUAUUUUCACCUAA